CUGGAAUCUAUUUUCCAAGUACCUAGGUGCACAUUGAACAUGGAUCGCUAUGGAAGUUUGUUGUUAUGGAGCUCGCUUCUCAGUGCCUGGACCCAUUGUUUCGACCAUCCAAUCAGCGCCGAUUCGCUGCUCUUCGCAUCAGUGCUCAACUGCCAGCUUAAGACACCAGGCCAUCACCAACCUUUCAAAAGACACGAACAUUCCCCAGGCUCUAUUCGAAUGGAAGCUGUCCUGACCCGGUACCCAGCGACGAUGUAACGAUGUCUUCCGAAAAGAAAAUCGUCGAGUUCCACCAUGCAGAGAACAAACUCCAAGCCCCCUCCAAAAAGUCUCUCUUCGAGCGCCAGAAAGCCGAGCAAGAAGCGAAACGUCUACGAGAAGAAGCCGAGACCAAAGCAGUAUACGAGGACUUCGUAAAGAGCUUUGAUGACGAGGAUGAGCCAUCCGCAGGCGCGGCGGGAUACGGGCGCGAUGAGGGGCAGAGAUAUGGAGGAGGAGUAGGAGGGUUCAGCGGGGGCGCGCCCAAGAGACAUUUCGCGCCGAGUGGACCUGCAAUGGGAAGGGGAUAUGGAGAGAGGGAGAGAGGAGGUGGGCCGCCGAGUGGAGUAGGGAGUUUGGGACCGCCACCGCCGAGUCUGGCAAAGAAGAGAACUUAUGAGGGCUUUCAACGCGGGGAGAGGAGGGACGAUAGAGGAUUGUUGGCUUUUGAUGAUUAUGAGAAUGACGACAGGGCGCCGAAAAGGGCAUUGAACAAUGACGAUGAUUACGAGGAUGCGAGAGAGGCAGAAAGGGAGGAGGAGAGAGCUGUUCCAAAGCCGACCCUGAGACUGGCUUCCCUCCCUCCUGGAACAUCUCCUGCUGUUAUUAAGGCAUUAUUGCCUGCGAACCUGAAAGUCGAUUCUGUUAGGAUUCUGCCUCCUUCAGGACCGGUGGUAUACACAGAAAGAAAGAGCAUGUCUGCUAUUGUCACGCUUGCGAAGGAUACAGCUGCAAAUGAUAUUGAUACGGCUGUCAAUGGGCUGCAGAACAGAUAUCUGGGCUACGGGUACUAUCUCAAUCUCCAUCGCCAUCUCUCUUCAGCGGCAAUCUCUAGCUCCACAAGUGUUCCCGCUCUAGGAAGUUCCGGAGCUUCACAGCCAUUCGGCGCAAAGGCAGUAGAUGUUGCAUCCGCGGGAAGAGGCCAUGCUCCACCUCCACAUCAAAGAGGAUUUGCACCUCCAACUUCAUACGGACCUCCAGCCCCGCAAAUGAACCGAGGCCCUUUACUUCAUGUCCCAGUUCAGGCUCCACGAGAUAUUAAAGAGCUAAAGCUCAUUCACAAAGUGAUUGAGAAUUUGCUCACUCAUGGCCCGGAAUUCGAGGCUCUUCUGAUGAGUAGACCUGAUGUGCAGCGGGAUGAGAAGUGGGCAUGGAUUUGGGACCCCAGAAGUACGGGUGGUGUAUGGUACCGCUGGCGACUGUGGGAAGUCCUCACAGGCUCAACGACCAAACGUGGGCAAGGCAAAUACCUACCGCUCUUCGAAGGAUCCUCAGCAUGGAAGUCACCAGACCAGCCACUGGCCUUCGAGUACACUACCCAACUCUCCGAAUUUGUCUCAGACUCUGAAUACAACUCUUCGGACGACGACGAAUCCGGAGAUGAAGGCGGAGCGAGACGCCAGAACCAGAAUCACGGCGCUGGUGGUCCGCCAGAUCCAAGUUCUCUUGUGGAUGAUGGAAAAGCUUACUUGAAUCCCCUGGAGAAAGCCAAAUUCACACACCUUCUCUCACGCCUCCCAACAAGCACUGGCAAGCUCCGCAAAGGCGACGUUGCGCGAGUUACAGCGUUCGCCAUAUCUCACGCUGGUCGCGGCGCAGACGAAGUCGUAUCUAUGAUCUUAUCUAACAUCUCCAAACCUUUCGCAUACACGUCCGCGAAUCCAACGUCACGGAAAGACAAAGCCGAGCGGGAUGCCGAGAAAGAAGGAGCUGGUGAAGAUGACGAGGAAGACACCAGUGCUGCAUCCCUCAUUGGUCUGUACCUCAUCUCUGAUAUCCUUUCAUCCUCCUCCACCUCCGGUGUACGCCACGCCUGGCGGUACCGCUCACUCUUCGAGAACGCAUUGAAGUCUCGGCACACAUUCGAAGAGUUGGGACGCAUGGAGCGCAAGAUGUCAUGGGGGAAGUUGAAAGCCGAGAAAUGGAAGAGGAGUGUGGGGAUGGUGCUCAGUCUUUGGGAGGGAUGGUGUGUGUUCCCUGUUGAGAGUCAGGAGGGGUUUGUCAAGGCGUUUAAUGAGCCGCCGAGGACGAAGGAGGAGGAGAUAGAAGCGAAGAAGAGGGAGGAGGAAGAAAAGGAGGGGGAGAGGAGGGAAGGAACGAAGAAGUGGAAGGCUGUUGAGGUACAGGCUAAGACUCUUUCUGAUUCUGCGGGGGAUGAAAAUGGUGGGACUGCAUACGACGACGAUGUUGAUGGGGAGCCCAUGGACAAAGAUGAAGAUGUCGAUGGUGAGCCUAUGCUAGAAGACGAUGAAGACGUUGACGGCGUGCCGAUGGAGGAAGAUCUUGAUGGGGAACCUAUGAUUGAAGACUCUGCUCCAGCAGAGCCAUCUCCACCUCCUGAUCCUGCACCGGUAGCCAGUGAGCGAGAUGAGAAGAAACAAGUGCCCGACAAGACAACGCAGGAACAGGCGCAGGCGCAGGGGCAAGGGCCGCAGAGGAGAGCGCGACCUAGGGCUGUGGAUAUGUUUGCUGAUUCUGAUGAUGAUGACUGACCACUUUUCACAUGUCAAGCAAGCAAACAAGCUAACAAGCAAGCAAUCUUCAGCAGCAAACAGAAAGAUUCAUCAUGUAGAUAUAUGUAACCUUACAAUCAAAAUCAGCACUUAUGAACUAUCAUA